CUUCUCCUGUCAGUGGUUUUUAUCUGUCAUUUAAAGAUCUUUGUUUUCCUGCAGUUGUCUUCAGGGUGCCUCUGCAAAAAAAGAAAUAAAUACAUAAUUAAAAAAUAAAAUAAAUGAAAAAAAAGUUGUAAACAAAAUAGGUUGUUGAAUCAAAUAGCGAGAAAAGAUAAAUAUCCAAAGAUCUUGCAGUAUCCUUACAAAACCACACCAAAAACAAGUAUUUUUUUUUAUAACAAGCAUAUGUGGUGACUAAUGACAUUAUGCCACAGGACUCUGACUCAGCACACCCUAUGUCAUGUUUCACUCUCGUCCAGCUCAACCGUUUCUGUUGAAUACAUAGACACUGCAUUAAUGUCACUCAGCAACGCUCCAUGAAUACAGCUUGUACUCUACUGCCAUCAAGUGUGCUGUGGAGAGUUUAGUUUUAAUAUAUAUUGGUAAGAAAAUAAAAUCAUCUAGAGUCAUUCUUUCAUUUGAAAAUCCAAGAAAAUGUUUCUUUCUGCCUUCCUUUCACACACACACACACACACACACACACACACACACACACACACACAGACUCACACUCACAGUGAUAAUAUAUACAUAGUUAAUAUAAAUAUGAACAACAUGUUCCAGCUGAUUGAACAUCUAGGCUAGUCAUACAAAACAACGUCCAUGUACAUAUGAUGAGAAGGUUCUUGGUUCGACAAUCUGCGUGUGAUAGCAGCCUAGCUAUCUCCACAAACAUACUGUAAGUUCAAUUAAGUGUCUAAGCUCAUGGUAGCCUGAGCUUCUUCAGGUUGUCUUGUAUCCUCUUUCCUAAAAAGCAUGGCGGCUACUUCGUAUUACAAUACAGACACUACUGAUUUCCUGGUUUUUGAAGAAGUUUGACAUGCAUGAGAGAAGUAUCACAGGUUUUCUCACCACGCAAUGUAUUCACACAGAGUUUGAUUCCACUUCCUCCUUUUUCAAACAUGUACAUUCCAAACAGCAGGUUGAGCAACUGUUGACUAUUUACUCCACCUGGAAAAAAACGUGGCUCAUUAACGUGGUAUCCAGCAACAAACAGCAGAGAAGGUGUACUUUCCAUGACCACACCCCCUGAAACUGACUCUUUGAUAAGCGAGGUGUUCAGUCUGAUGUGGAUCAGUCACCAGUAGCCUCUGUGUGUGGAGUCAUGGACCAGCAAGUUGUGUCAAGACAAGAGUGGGGAGCUGAACUCCCUCGCCAAAGGCAAACAAUGAAAGACUCUGCCCGGAGAGUUAUUAUACACCACACUGCACUCCAGAGCUGCCGAGGACUGUCACAGUGUAAGAGACACCUGGUCGACAUUCAGAGAAUGCAUAUGAACGAGAGAAGCUUCGAUGACAUUGGAUAUAACUUUCUCGUCGGAGGAGAUGGCACCGUGUUUGAGGGGCGUGGCUGGGGUGUAGUAGGAGCUCAUGCCAAAGGUCACAACAGUGACUCAGUCGGGAUUGCUUUCAUGGGCAACUUCAACAAUGAUACCCCGAGCACACAGGCAUUAACCUCAGUCAAACAGCUGCUGCAGUCUGGAGUUUCCCAGGGCUUCUUACAACCACAGUUUGUCCUGUGUGGACACAGAGAUGUAGGAACCACAGAAUGUCCAGGAGAAAACCUUUACGCUGCACUGCCUCAACUGAGGAGCUCAACGUAAAUCUCACAUGGUGGGAAAUUCUAGCUUUAUAGUUGAAAUUUUAUUUUAUUUAUAGUACUUUGUUAUUUUUUUGUUUGUUUCACUUUAACGUGGGUCCUCUUAAUUAUAUUAAGCUAUACAGAAAGAGGGCGCAGCUUGUCACAUGUGUCUCUUACAGCAGGGGGAGCCAUCACAUGGGGUGAGACCCAAAGGCUUCUUUUUACAGCUACAUUCUGUAACCAUUGUACUUAAAUGUGUUUUGUCAGUUAGUUUUUUUGUUUGUUUGUUUGUUUUGUUUUAUUAUUAUUUAAAUACAUUCUUCCAAUGUGUAGCGAGUUUUUAGUUAAAUGCAUGGUGCGUUAGUAUGGAGAGCAAUAUUUAAUGACAGCUUGGCUUGAUAAUGUUAUUAGGGGUUUAAAACACAUAAAAUGUGAACUUGAUGAUUUUUGUUCCUUUUGGAAAUAAAUACUAGUUUUUGUUAGAAA